AUGCCGACUUUAGAAGCUCCAGAAGAGAGACUGAGAAAAUUUAAGUACAGAGGCAAAGAUGCGUCUGCAAGGCGGCACCAGCGGAUAGUGGUCAGCCUGCAGCUCCGGAAGGCCAAGAAGGAUGAGCAGGCCUUAAAGAGAAGAAAUAUCACCAGCCUCUCUCCUGACCCUGCUUCUGAACAACCAACCAAAGAGGUCAGCCUCACCCUGCAAGAAAUAAUCAAUGGUGUGAAUGCCUCAGAUCCAGACCUAUAUUUCCAGGCCACCCAGGCAGCCAGGAAAUUACUAUCCCGGGAAAGGAACCCUCCUCUAAAACUGAUUGUAGAAGCGGGGCUCAUUCCCAGGCUGGUGGAGUUCCUGAAGUCAUCACUUCACCCCUGCCUGCAGUUUGAGGCAGCCUGGGCUCUCACCAACAUUGCAUCGGGGACUUCGGAGCAGACUCGGGCUGUUGUGGAAGCAGGGGCCAUCCGGCCCUUGGUUGGGCUCCUGUCCUCCCCGCAUAUGACUGUGUGUGAGCAGGCAGUGUGGGCCCUUGGAAAUAUAGCAGGUGAUGGCCCAGAAUUAAGAGAUUUUGUUAUCUCAAGCAAUGCCAUCCCACAUCUACUGGCCCUGGUCUCAUCAACCAUACCAAUUACAUUUCUGCGGAACAUCACGUGGACCUUGUCCAACCUGUGCCGAAACAAGAACCCGUACCCUUGCCAAAAGGCAGUGGAGCAAAUGUUGCCCAUCCUCUCCCACCUCCUGCAACACAAAGACAGCGAGGUCCUUUCUGAUACCUGCUGGGCCCUGUCCUACCUCACCGAAGGCAGCAAUGAACGCAUUGGCCACGUGGUUGACACAGGAGUCCUGCCCAGGCUGGUUGAGCUCAUGACCAGCUCAGAACUCAAUGUCUUGACCCCCUCCCUCCGCACCAUGGGGAACAUCGUCACUGGAACGGAUCACCAGACCCAGGUGGCCAUUGACGCAGGAGUGCUGGGCGUGCUGCCCCAGCUCCUGAUACACCCUAAGUCCUUCAUCCAGAAGGAGGCAGCCUGGGCCGUGAGCAAUGUUGCUGCGGGGCCCCACCAGCACAUCCAGCAGCUGAUCACUUGCAACAUGCUGCCUCCCCUGGUGGCUCUGCUAAAAAAUGGAGAUUUUAAAGUCCAGAAAGAGGCCAUCUGGGCAGUGGCUAACUUCACAACGGGGGGCACUGUGGACCAGUUGAUACAGCUUGUCCGCUCUGGAGUCUUGGAGCCACUGGUAAACCUGCUCACCAUCCAAGACGCCAAAAUUGUCAUCAUCAUCCUUGACAUCAUCACUUUUCUUCUCCAGGCAGCAGAGAAGCUUUCGGAGAAAGAAAACCUGUGUCUCCUGAUCGAAGAACUUGGUGGGGUUGAUAGAAUCGAGGCUUUGCAACUUCAUGAGAACCAACACGUUGCCCUGACUGCUUUGAGUAUUAUAGAGAACCACUUUUGUGAGGAAGAAGAAAAUGGCACAAUAUUGCCAGUCCUGGACCAAGAUCAUGAAUUCUUAAAGUACUUGAAAAACUACCAAAGCUCCACAGCUUCUGAACCAAGGACCAAACCCUGA